UGUAGUUUAGAGACAAACACAACUCUCAGCGCGCGGCGGAGACUCGUCUGUCUGAGUUUUCCCGCGUGUAGCAUUUGAUCAAUGUUAGAGUGCAAGGUAAAACCGGUUUCGUGGACCUCGAUGUGAGUUAUCAUGGAACAAGGGGAGAGCAAAAUCUCGGUGUGGGUAUGCCGGGAGGAGAAGCUGGUGUCCGGACUGUCCAGACGCACCACCUGCGCGGAUGUAGUGAAAGUGCUGCUGGAGGACCAGAGCUUCCAGAAAGGCGCGAUGCUCACCGGUCCUCCACAGUCGUACUGUAUCGUGGAGAAAUGGAGGGGUUAUGAGCGGAUUCUGCCGAAUAAAACCAAAAUCCUGCGGCUGUGGAGCGCCUGGGGCGAUGAGCAGGAGAACGUGCGCUUCGUUCUGGUCAGGAGCGACGCGUCGCUGCCCAACAGCGGACCGAGGAGCGCCGAGGCGCGGGUCGUGCUCAGCAAAGAGAGCCCUUGCCCUACCAGAGCCACCAUGCAGAUUUCACACGACAAACAGCGGAGGAUUGUGCGGAAAGCUUUUAGAAAGUUGGACAAAAUUAAUCAGAAGAAAGAGGAGGCUUCUCCAAAAGACAAACCAUCUGCGGACAAAAUGGAAACGCUCGUCCAUCUCAUUAUUUCGCAGGAUCAUACUAUCCGACAGCAGCUACAGCGAAUAAAAGAGCUGGAUAAUGAAAUCGAGAGGUAUGAAUCAAAAGUUCACUUUGACAGAAUGAAAAUACACGGCGUAAACUACGUGCAAGACACUUAUUUGCUCGAGGAAGGCUUGGAUAGCGAUUCCAGCGCGCAUCCGGACGCGUCCUUUGCGCAGUUUGAGGAAUACGCGUCACGCUGCGACCAAGUCAUUCAACUUCAGGAGGAACUGACCGAGAGGGAGGCUCUGAUGGAGAUACUUACAGGGGAAAUACAAGAAGAACUCAACCACAGGUGGAUGAGACGGCGACAGGAGGAGCUUUCCAGCAAAGACGCGGAGAGCAGUGGAGAAGAAACGGCUCUCAAGGUGACCCCGGUCCCAGUUGCGCCGGACCUCCUAACAGACAAUGACCUCCAGUUAGACGAGGAGAGGAUCAAAACACAACUGGAUACGAGUUUAUACAUCGGGCUGCGCUUGAACACCGAUCUGGAGACGGUGAAGAGCGACUUGGAUAUGAGUCAGGAGCUUCUGGACGCGAAAGAAAAGGAGUUGAGGGAAUUACUCGAAAAGGUUCACAGAUUCGACGAGAUGGAAGAGAAACAGGCGGAAGACAGCAAAGAUGAGGGAGAAACCGAACAACUGCCUUCAGUAGACAAUGUUUGGGUAGAGCAGGCGAGGGGACUGUCCAAAACAUGCACCCAUGAUGAUGACUCGGACACUGGGUUGAGUUCAAUGCACAGCCAGGACUCGGAUAACGCACCUGUUUGCGAGUCUCUUGUGUAACAAGACGAUUUAGAAUCAUUCACUUCGACGCGAACUCAGGGACAUUUCGCCUCUAUUGAUUCAUGAAUCUUCUCUCUUUAUAAGAGAGGAGCGCAUGUAAAUUAUACCAGACUAGUGUUAUGAUCGCCUCGCUCUGUAAUUGCCUCACUCAUACACAUGGAGAAUAGAUUGUAAGGUGCAGCUUUCCAAAUCAUAACUAAUUAACCAAUGCAUAGCCUGAGAUGUCCACUAUGUGCUGACUUAUGUUGCAGUACAAACAGUAUGUAUUUGUUUUUCUGUAGCCUUGUGUGAAAAGCUAGCAUUAGAGUUUUGUGGGGUUUUAUUUCUUCCCAAAUGUUAUAUAACAUCUAAUUUCCCCUUCUGGGAAAACAAAACAGAACUGACGACUCAUCCUGCACUAUACUGAUUUUUAUCUAAUCAGACAUUCUUUAGAAUAAGCAAAUAAAACAUCAUUGGAAUUCGUAGUUGAUGCAUCUGAAGCCUAUUGGCUUUUAAAAAAUAAAAACGUGAGCCUUUCAAUAUGCCCCACCCACAAUUCCGUUUUAACAGGAAAUACAGGGGAAGAAAUCUGACCAGUGCAGCUGUAGCUAUGGCACAAACAUGAACUAUGAUUUGCUAGUCAGUUGCAGGUGGUGUUAUGGGGCGGGGCAUUCUGACUCUAUAGAGCAUGUAAUUGGACAAAAAUCUGUGUAGUGCGGGAUGAGUCAUCAGUGUUUUUGGGCAGUUUAACCAGAAGAAAAUUAUUCAAAAACUUAUUUUUUUCAACGUUGAGCAUAUAGAAUUCCUAUGGACUAAAACCCACAAAACACUAAUUUUGAUUUAAUAGGGUCUUGAGAAUUAUUUAUUGAACAGCAUUUAGGCGGAUCAAAUAUCUGCAUUGAGCAAAUAUGUGCUAAUCACUUCAAUGUUCACCAGCUGACUAAUUAGAACAAUCCACUAACAGCUUUUACUCUAGGAAUCAAUUUGCAUAACAAGAAAACAUCCUUUGCUGUGGGAACUGAAGUUGUGGGAAUCAAGAGGUGCGUGCGACACGCUGCUGUUUAUUCAUACUUCUGAGGAGCUGAUGCGUGAAUCCCUGUUUGCUCACGGUUUUGACUUCAACAAGACAGCUCCAAUUAAACCAAAUGUAGUGUCUUCUAGACACACUGGAAUUUACUGUUAAGUCAUUUCUGCUUUUUUUUCCCUCUUUAUACACAUUUUUAUUUUUAGUCACGAGGGACCUCUAGGAUCAAAUAAUAACUUUGUCAUUGACUCAUCUUAUACAGUACAUAUGAUUUCUCUAUUGCAACUAAUAGCGAAAUUAUCAAGUGGAAUGUUUUUGAAUGCUGUUGUAGCAUUUCAUCAACUUCAGAAUCCAACUUGAAAAUUAAGUUUAGUACAAAUGCAUUAUAAAACAGUAAUAUACUCAUGUAAAACAUGCCAGAAACGUUCAUUUUGCUUCAGUAUGACCUCAGCAUCAUAACCAAUAUAGAGUUUCUUAAGUUUAGAAAGGGCAUCCGUCCAACGCAAUGCAGCAGAGUCACUGAGUUCAGGGAUUCUGUGCUGUAUGAAGAGGAUUUAAGAGUUAAGCCUAAAAUGUGAUGUUUUAAAACAGAGGAGGAAAAGGGAAAGAACCGCCCUCACACUUGAUUCUCAAUUUAGUUUUAAGAGAUGAAUUAUGACAUUUGGAAAAGCCCUAAUAUGUCAGCUCACAGAUAAAAGAGGCAAUUGUACAAAAAAAAGAGCAUUUUUAAAUUUUAAUAAUAUAAACAUCAAAUUAAUGUUGCAAGAAGUCCUCUGUUUUUUGCUCUAUGAUUUAUGCUCUAAAAUAGAGCAGUUUAUUUAAUAAUGUUGCUGAUAAAUAAUUAGCCAUUUAAAAUGAGGCAAAUCCAUCAGAAGUGGUAUAAAAGGGGAAAAUGCUGGGUCUGGCAGCAGUGAGUUCUGUGAUUAAAGUCGAAGAGGAGGAGGAGGGGGGGACAGAUGAUAAAGCGCCAUUAAUCUGGAUCGGAUUGAACCAUUUCAAAUAAACAACAGCUCUGACGGGUUUGGAAGAGAUUCAAGAACAGCUGGACGAGCAGGAAAGCACAGCGUGCCAAUGUGGGACAAACAGCGGCAACACAACCUUCAGGAUUAAACUUGGAAUCGCAAGAACUGCUAUAUUGUACAAAUGUAGAUCUGAUGUUUGCCAUUAUUUAUUGUCCUGUUUGUCUGUGUAAAAUAAAAGCAGGGGAUUGUGACGAUAA